CACUACUAUCAAAACGGGAAUGGAGGCACGCGACGUCGUGUUUGACGUUAAGAAAGUGCGAUCAUAAAGCUACUUAAUUAUUUAAUUAAUCAUCUGCUAAUGAGGAUGUACCCAGGACGAGAAUAACUUUGUGCGGACGAUAUUCUUCUAUUCCGGGUGAUAUUGAUAUUAAAGUGGAGCACUCGAAAAUGGCGACAUCAUCUGAGAAGACACUAUCUGGUCUCUGUGUUGUGCUCCUUUUGAUCACUACCCUGGCAGUGUUAUGCGAAUCUAAACACCCAGAGAAAAUUGUUGCUUUCUUUCAAGGUCACUGUAAGAGCCCUAACAAGGAGUGCAGUCACAAGUGUCACGACAUCCAGGACCUCGGCUACAUCUGCUACUGCCAGGAUGGAUACAAGCUCAACAGUGACGGCUUUUCAUGUUCAGUUGAUCCUGACUUUGUUUCUGUGGAACCAAUGAGCACAGAAAAUGCAGACAGUCCUAAGUUAACACAGGACAAUGAUCACACAGCCUAUACAAUUCACAAGGCUCACGACACAGACUCCUUACCCAUUGAUGACAAUGUUAACAUUUUACACGGAAAUGCUGAAAGCCAGUCAGGCAGUUCCGAUGUAUCUAACCAACCAAAAGACAAACUGGUGCAGCUUCAUGCAGAACACAGCGCCAAAAAGACAAAGAGUUUACAGGAUUCCCAGAACCAAGUGUUGGUGCCCACAGAACCUGAAAUUAAAAUAAAAACUAUUGACUUGAAGCAGGAUCUUCCCGAUCCAAUUUCCUAUUUUCAUAUCAGAGAAGGGGGAGACAACUCUCUGGAUUUAGAGCAGCAUGCGAAGUACCGAUUCGGCAAGGGAGAGAAGCUGUUGCCGGAGAAGGUAACGUGCAGUGGUAUCGACUGCACUAACAAUGGAACGUGCACGGUGGAAGGGGGAAUCCCACAAUGCAACUGUCCGCUGGGCACCACUGGAAUUAGAUGUGAAAUAUUGAUCACUGUUCGUUACCCCAAGUUCCGUGGUACUGGGUUCCUGGCGCUGCCCGUGUUGCGGAAUGCUCACAAGGAGUUCCGCAUCUCCCUGGAGUUCCUGCCAGAAGCCAAACAUGGACUGCUGCUGUUCAGCGCCGAGAUUGAGGGCGCCAAGGCCGACUUCUUCUCCGUGUCCCUCGUCGAUGGAUUUGUCGAACUCAGAUUCGACUGUGGUACAGGUUUGGGUGUGGUACGAAGUCCCGAGGCAGUAACCAUUGGCCGAUGGAAUUACCUGACUGUAUGGAGAGACGAAAACAAGGGUGGGCUGCAGGUGAAUCAACAGAAAGCUGUAGAAGGACGAUCAAAGGGAGCUUACAGCCGAAUCACGCUGAGACUAAACCUCUUCCUGGGUGGAUACUCCAACAUGUCUGCUGUCGUGUCCCGGACCAUGAUGAGGAAACGGUUUGUCGGGUGUGUCCAGGAGCUCAUCAUCAAUGGGUACAAGUAUGACAUGAGGAAGGGAAAUCUUGUUGGGGACUCUGAGUUUGGAAUCAAUGUGGGGGAGUGCAGUGAGGGAAUCUGUGACAACAUUCUCUGUCAGAACGGUGGUUCCUGCCAGCCCAGAUCAGCUGACGCCCACGUGUGCUUGUGUCCACUCGGAACAGCGGGCGAUUUCUGUCAAAAACGAUUGGAAGUGCAUAUACCCAAGUUUGGAGGACAUUCCUAUUUGACGUACAACGGUUUGGACAGAAAGGUUUUGUCGUACACUGACAUAGAAAUAGUUCUGAAGCCGUCCAGUCCUGAGGGGUUGAUUCUCUAUAACGGCUACACCCACGACAGGAUAGGUGACUUCGUGUCUCUCGCCAUGAAGGAAGGUUUCCUUGAAUUCCGCUUUGAUCUUGGAACCGGACCGGCUGUUCUCAGGAGCCUGAAGCCAGUGCCCCUGAACCGAUGGCAUGUUGUGCGGGCAUCUCGCACCGGCCUGCAGGGAAUACUCCAGGUUGACGACCAGCCCAAGAUAGAGGGCGACGCACAGGGCGCGUACACACAGCUCACUCUGAUGAAGUCAUUGUACGUGGGUGGACACAAAAACUUUGAUGAGACUUCCAAGUAUGCCAAUGUGUCGCAGUCGUUUGCUGGAUGUAUUCAGAAGGUGAUAAUCAACAAGCGGCCGCUAAUGCUGAUGAAGGAUAUGUUGGACGGUGUGAACAUUGAGCCGUGCAGUCACCCGUGCGCUGGCGACCCGUGUAUGAACAGUGGGGAGUGUGUGCCUCGCCGCGACGUCUACACCUGCUACUGUCCGCUCGGAUACGCCAACACAAACUGUGAAGACAAAAUGAAGACACUUCCAUCUAUUCCCAUGUUCAUUGGAACCAGUUUCCUCAUGUAUACAAACAAAGAUGUUUUAAAAAGAGUGACUGGUGACAGAAUAGAUGUUCAGUUCCACAUCAAGCCUCAAGAUAAAAACGGCCUCCUUUUCUGGAGUGGCCAGAACUCUAUGACGUCGUCCAGUGACUUCAUUGCUCUCGGUUUUGUCAAUGGCGGGCUUCAGUUCCGAUACAACCUCGGCAGUGGCGAGGCAGUUAUUGGUUACAACGACUCAAGACUCUUUGAUGGCCAGUGGCACUUUAUCAGAGCUCAAAGAGAUAAGCAGGAUGCGUACUUGGAGAUUGAUGGCAGUGAGAUAGUUGAGGGAAGCGCUCCGGGUAGCUAUACCAUGCUCAACACAAACAAGAUCCUCUAUAUUGGUGGUAUGCCUGACGUAACUCAGAAGACACUUGGCAAGUUCCACUCCGGUUAUGUUGGAUGUAUUCGGGGCUUCGUCCUGGCCACAGACUUCAAAGUGAAGUUAGUGAGUCAUGCGCAGAGUGGGAGGAACAUGUACGACUGCGUGGAUGUGUGAAACUCACAUCACUUACACGGACAGCUAAACCAAGCAGUAUUUGUUUGUGAUCUGAACUCGAGUCUGGGAUGGGUAUUUUUGACAAUCAAGGUAUAGGCACGGAUUGUUGGUUUUUCUCCAUGCAGUCCACCAUGAGGAUAUGAAUCAUGGAGAAACAAGUGGAGUAAGGAUUGUUUUCAGUAAAUAGUGGGCAUCAUUACUCAGGCUUAUAAAACAAUGCCGACAGUUGAAACCUUUCCACAGCUGUAAAGAAAUAUGCUCUGGCUGCAUUUUGCGAUAAAAUGUUUUUUAUUAGAGAUACAUUACUCAAUUUGUGUGUAUGUCUCUGAACAGAGCCAUCAGUUUCAGACAAACCUUUUCCUCCUGAAUAUUCUGAUUGCCCCAUCCACUUCUAAUAAUCAUGAUAAAUAAAAUAUAAAUUUGUUAAAUUUAAUAAAUAUGAAUUAGAUGUAAUGUAUGUUACAUAAAGAUGUUUUCCUGUGACUUUAGUAAGAUUAGUCUAAAAUUGCUCCUUGGCACUAUAUACCUCAUUCUUCCUUUGUAUAUUCUUCCCACUUUAGAUGGGCUCCACAGAUUCUGGUCAGUACGAAUGCUGUUGGUUGUACAGACACUAGUUUCAUUUAAAUAUCUGGUUAUCCUACUGAUCAUCAUGACUGUUUUAUAAAUUUUGUAAAUGGGAAGUAAAUUAGUACCAAGUGACAUUUUUAAAUCAUAUGAUUUUGAUGUUAUGUGAAUGAAGAAAAUUAUCUUAAAAUACUUAAAACAGGAGGACAAAACCCUCAAUGAACAAAACCCCAUUGGACUUAAACCUCAGUGGACAACCCCCUAAACUCUUUUAUUACAAAUGUGGACAGACACAAAUGCUCAGCCUAGAGUACUGAAUGAAUUUGUGGGUCAUCAGGAUUGUUGGCUGGUGGGUGGAUGCAUCUGGAGGUACCAUUGGUUCCUGGAUAAUGUAUACAAAUUAAUUAGACAUUUUACACCAUUUCAUUUCAUUUCAACUUAUUUUUGUGCUUAUAUCCAAUUAAGGUUUGAGCAUGCUGUCCUGGGCACAUACCUCAUCUGGACAGUGAGUUAGUGGUUAAUGAGAGAGAAGAUGGUGUCAUGG